CACGCAAUAAAUUGUAAAUAAUAUAAUCGUUGUAUCCUAUAUUUUGACCACAAUUGUGUUUAACUUUGCAAUGACUAAGAUUCUAUUUUGACACAUUAACUAAUUGUUUAUCAACCAGGAUCGAUUUAAGCGGACUUUAAUUUUUGCAUGUGUACCGUGUUCAUAUGAAAAGGAUGUAUAAAGAAUAGACAUAAACAAGUGUGAAAGCAAAAGCAAAGCACGCACAUGUAUUGUUUCAGGAAGUGAAUGUAUCCUGGUAUUUACUAAGAUUGUUAGAUUCUAGAGAUAUAGGUAUUCUGUACUCGUAUCUCAGGACGUAGGAUCGUAAAAUUUUCAAUACCUGUAUAGUUCUACAUUAAUUGCUUGUACCUGUUCAUGGCCUUCAGUUGAAAGCGGAUUUUAUCGCCGGGUAUUGAUUGUAACUCUUAGCUUAUGGAAGUUUAAUCGCGUGUUACAAGGGACAAUAUCGGUAUUGAAUGUUAAAGUGUAAGUUAGAGAAUGGUAAAAUGUCUCGGACGUUGGGGAAAACAUGAUUUCAAGCAAGGAUCGGGAGAAACAGAGCUAGUGACAAAUGACCCAGCUAUAGUAGAUGGACAGAAGUGUCAGACGAGAAUCAUGAACGAGGAAGAUGAAGAGGAAGUGGAGGACUUACAGAUUUGCUGUUUAAGUGGGUGCUUGACCACAAUCGCUGUGGCCAUCUUGUUUUUCCUAGCUUUACCCACAGGUGUAUUAUUAUGCGUGUAUGCAACAGCAAAUGACGACCCGGAAGUUCUUGCCGUCGGAAUAGUGCUGGCAGUUAGUCCCGUGAUCUCAUUACCGUUGAUUAUCAUCAUAUUGUAUAACCGCCGGCGGAUACGACGACUGAGAAAAAGGAAGGUUGCGACUUCCCCGGAACAUCCUGAUGCAAAUAGGACUCGUUAUUGAAAUUGAAAAAAAAAAACAGUGUACGACGAAGUUGAAUGUGGAAAGCAAACAAAGGCAGAGCUGGUUUUCUGCCCGUUCUAGUUACUGAAGUGCUUUAUAUUUCUUACCGGACUUUCACACUGAAUUUAAUAAUAAUAAUCAGCGCUUAAUAGCGUAUUGUCCUGGUAGCAGACGGCUGUUACAUUUUUCCGAUGUCAAAACGUUCUGGAAAAUGUUGAGUUCUUUGGGUUUACGUCACAUAAGAAUGGUUUGAAUCGAUUGAUAUUUGUGCUAUUGGAAGAUCAACACGACACGCGUUUAUUAACGUCAGUUUUAUGACGUCACAUGUUUAACUGUGAUAAAAACUGAUAUAUCUCCCCUGACAGAUUAGAUUAUAUUAAUGAAUGUUCGGGUUAGCAUAUAGACAGAAAAUUUACUGAUGAAAA